ACUCGAACAUUUAAUCAUCUACGCUUUCGCCACUAACACAGAGCAGCAACCUUGCAGACGCAUGUUCUAGAGGCACCGCAAGAAUUGACUGCUCAGACUUAAGUGCUAUUCGGUGAUCACAUUGCACGAUGGCUACAGAUGGUCGUGUCGGCGAUGCGAAGCCUAUAAUCAAUAUCGAUAUGGAUAAGGCAUCCAAGGAACAGAACCUCAAUGAAGAUGUCGAAUCAGGGACUUCCCCUGCACCGGGCUUCGACCUUGAUGCCAUAUACACCUCAACGGCCGCCGACCGUGCGCUCAUCCGUAAACAGGACAUUCGCAUCAUCCCUCUCUGCGCAUUCAUCUAUCUCCUAUGUUACCUCGACCGCUCCAACAUCGGUAACGCCAAAGUUCUGAACGCAAACACACACAAUGACCUACUCAGCGAAACGCGCAUGACAAACUACCAAUACACUAUUGCCCUCAUGGUCUUCCUCGUUGCAUACGCCAUCUUCGAAGUGCCAUCUAAUUACCUCCUCAAGCGUAUCUCACCGUCCCGCUGGAUCGCAUUUCUGAUGUUCUCGUGGGGAGCCAUAACUAUCGGACUCGGUGGUGUGCAUAGCUACGGCGCUGUAACGGCAGUGCGGUUCUUACUCGGUGUUUUCGAAGCCGGGCUCUUUCCUGGACUGAUUUAUUAUCUCACUUUCUGGUAUCGUACGGAUGAGCGGAGUGUGCGAGUAGCACUCAUUCUAGCUAGCGCGACGCUUGCAGGUGCAUUUGGUGGUGCUAUUGCGUUUGGCAUUGGCCACAUGAACGGUGUGCACGGGCUGUCUGCGUGGCGCUGGCUUUUCAUUCUGGAGGGCAUUCCAAGUUGCCUUUCGGCAGUCGUAGUUCUGUUCAUCUUACCGGACUAUCCUGAGACGGUAAAGUGGCUUUCGGACGAUGAGCGCAAUCUAGCGCUUGCUAGGCUCAAGUUUGAGGGUGCGAAAGGCGAUGUUGCAGUUACGUGGGCAGACGUGAAAUCAACACUGACCGAGUGGAGGUUGUAUAUUCAUUAUGCAAUCUACUUCUGCAUCUCUCUCCCGUUCAGUUCACUGUCGCUAUUUACACCGAGCAUCACGGCUGGACUGGGAUACACGGGACUCACUGCGCAGCUUUUCACUGUGCCACCAUACGCUGUCGCAUAUGUCAUCACGAUUGUUAUCGCAUACUCGUCUGAUCAUUUCAACAGGCGUGGGCUACACUCAGCCAUUUUGGCCCUCAUUGGAGCAGCUGGCUUCAUCGGAUCCGCAACGCUACCCCCUGAUUCUUACAAGUCGCGUUACGGCUGCCUCAUUGUCGCUGCAUCGGGAUCUUUCGCAUGUAUACCACCGCUACUUGGCUGGCUGUCAAGCAACCUUCACAGCACAGCAGCUAUCGGUCUCGCUGUCGCAUUGAACAUUAGUUUCGGCGCACCUGGCCAAAUCGCUGGCGUAUGGAUAUACAAGGCCGAUGAGCAGAAAAUUGGGUAUCCAACUGGUCACUGGGCAAAUGCUGGCGUACUUCUUGUCGUUGUCGUUGGGUGUUUGGGGUUGUGGGCCUACUACGCAUGGCUGAACAAACGAAUCGUGAAAGGCAUCAUCACAGGCCCGAAGCGUUUAUACAAGCUGUGAGUUGAAGCGAGGAUUAUGUUU